AGUUGCCGGCCCGAGCGCCGAGAUGCCGGGCAGCGACACGGCGCUCACCGUGGACCGGACCUACUCGGACCCCGGCCGGCACCACCGCUGCAAGAGCCGGGUGGAACGUCAUGACAUGAAUACCUUAAGCCUGCCCCUGAACAUCCGCCGUGGGGGGUCGGACACCAACCUGAACUUUGACCUUCCGGAUGGCGUCCUGGACUUCCACAAGGUCAAGCUCGGCGCAGACAGCCUGAGACAGAAGAUCUUGAAGGUGACGGAGCAGAUCAAGAUCGAGCAGACAUCCCGGGACGGGAACGUGGCGGAGUAUCUGAAGCUGGUCAACAGCGCAGACAAGCAGCAGGCGGGCCGCAUCAAGCAGGUGUUCGAGAAAAAGAACCAGAAGUCGGCGCACUGCAUCGCCCAGCUGCAGAAGAAGCUGGAGCAGUACCACCGGAAGCUCCGUGAGCUCGAGCAGAACGGGGCCUCCCGGAGCGCCAAGGACCCCUCCAAAGACAGCCUGAGGGACAUCCAGCACUCCCUGAAAGAUGCCCACGUGAAGUCCCGGACGGCCCCCCACGGCAUGGAGAGCAGUAAGUCGGCCAUGCCGGGCGUGUCCCUCACUCCCCCCGUGUUCGUCUUCAACAAGUCCCGGGAGUUCGCCAACUUGAUCCGGAACAAGUUUGGCAGCGCCGACAACAUCGCUCACUUGAAAACUUCCUUAGAGGAGUUCCGGCCGGACGCGAGCGCCAGGGCCUACGGGGGCAGCGCCACCAUCGUGAACAAACCCAAGUACGGCAGCGACGACGAGUGCUCGAGCGGCACCUCGGGCUCUGCCGACAGUAACGGGAACCAGUCGUUCGGGGCCGGGGCCGGGGCCGCCGCCAGCCGGCUGGACAGCCAGGGGAAGCUCGCCAUGAUCCUGGAGGAGCUGCGGGAGGUGAAGGAGACGCAGGCGCAGCUGGCCGAGGACAUCGAGGCGCUGAAGGUGCAGUUCAAGCGGGAGUACGGCUUCAUCUCCCAGACCCUGCAAGAGGAGAGAUACAGGUACGAGCGCCUGGAGGACCAGCUGCACGACCUGACGGACCUGCACCAGCACGAGACGGCCAACCUGAAGCAGGAGCUGGCCAGCAUCGAGGAGAAGGUGGCCUACCAGGCCUACGAGCGUUCACGUGACAUCCAGGAAGCCCUGGAGUCGUGCCAGACGCGCAUCUCGAAGCUGGAGCUGCACCAGCAGGAGCAGCAGACGCUGCAGACGGACGCCGUGAACGCCAGGGUCCUGCUGGGGAAGUGCAUCAGCGUGCUCCUGGCCUUCAUGACGGUCGUGCUGGUGUGCGUCUCCACCGUGGCCAAGUUUGUCUCGCCCAUGAUGAAGAGCCGCUUCCACAUCCUUGGCACCUUCUGUGCUGUGACUCUGCUGGCCAUAUUUUGCAAAAACUGGGACCACAUUGUGUGUGCCCUGGAAAGGAUAAUAAUACCGAGAUGAGGGCCCGCUUCCCCGCCGUCGAGUUCUUGCAAGGUUUUAUUUUAAAGAGAACUCUGUGCACUCUACCAAAUUUUAACGCGGACGGUUGCGCUGGGUGAAGACGCCCAGAAGUGGCGUGUGGUGUAAAAACUCCAGUGCUCUCAACUGGGCUGCAGCCGCCGGCGCAGCUCCCCCGUGCUUGGCUCCCGUGAAUCUGGCUCCGAACGCCCUCCACCUCGCCCACUGCCUUAAUCAGACCAGGUUCCCUGUCCACCUGAGCAGCCCGGCUCGGUGCAGCUGUGUCCAGUGAGCACUAGGCAUUCUUAGUGAUGCAGAACAAAGUGUGUGUGUGUGUGUGUGUCUAUCUAUCUGAAAUCCCUGUCGAAAUUCAGCUUCACUCUUGCUAAUGUAAUAGUUGCGUCUUCCCUGGGCCCUGAAGCAGCAAGGAUAGGACAGGAUAGGGGGCGGUGGAGGAGCACAGGUAGUGGUGGUGGUGACGCUGUGGCCUGCGGGGGCAUAAUAAUCCCUGUGUCUAGGUCUGUGGGUCCCGCUGUGGCCCCAGCAGCUGUGUCCUCAGCAGCCAGUCGUGUGCGGGCCCUUGCACCUGUUAUCCACCGAGUACAGCAAACAGGACUGGCACCUGCGGCUUCCCCAGGGCGCCACACCGCCGAGCUCGUCCUACCUGGCUGCAAAGGCCUUCAGACAUGCGCACGAUGCUCGCAGAGCAUUGCUGUGGCCUGAGCAGCGAGCUGGGGUCCUGGGGCACCGCUCGGGAGGUUUGUGCUUCGGCAAAUCUCAAGUACGAUCACCCCCACCUCAAGGAAGUGAUUCUUUCUGAUUCGCCUGAUUGCCAGGGCUGUGAGCGAUUGCAAGCCUCCCAGCGAGGAAGUGGGAACAAACCCAGGCUCGUGUUGGGCUUUUCUUCCCUGAGGAAGGGCGUGGGCGUGGGAGCGGGAGCGUAUGAAGCCCCAGCGUGGAGGCAGGUGCCGCAGAAGCACAAGGGGAAUGGGACGUAUGCUCUGAUUGGACGGGGGAGGGCGAAUACGUGUGAGCACCUCGCCCCCUGAAGGUUGAGCAGCUCCUCUCGGGGAUGCUAAGGCCAGCGAGAGUAGACGACACUGAAUCCCGUGUUUGAGGCAAGGUUACCUUGUGUUUUCUGGGAUCAUCGUGAAAGGCAGCCCCGAGGGCAUAGGGUGACCACACUGCCACGCCGGGGGAGUGUGGCACCUAGCAUCUCUGCCCGCCUUGGGGGUGCCAGUCUCUGCCUUCAGCCCCCGCGAUGCCUCCUGGGAGUCUGUUUCUUUGUGUGCAGGUGGAGGACCUGUAAGCCUGCUCUCCAGCUCCUCCUCCCGCUGCUGAGGGUGUAAGAUGCGCAUUCGCGUGCGUCUUCUCCUGGAAGCCAUCAAACUUCCCCAGUUUAAAUUCCGUGCAAUAUUUCACUCUCCGCUGUUCUUUAGAACAUCUCUUGGAGAAACGUGACAGGGUGCGCAGGGUGGGAGAGAACCGAGUGGUUGGGCGUUCAGUACAAGUCCACUGCGGGGGAUGAGUGAGACGCUCACAAGGUACGCCUUCUGUUUUUAAGGUGUCCGAUUUAUCAGUGGUUCAGCCGUCACCACUAGUGCCAGUCUCAAGCUUUUUAAAACAACCAAUGUCCUUGCAGGAAAUCUUUGGUAAUAAGGAUUCUGGGAAGAGGGAGUUCCUAGGGCCACCUUCGUCAGCAGGGCCACGUCCUGUCACUGUCAGACUCUCCCAGGUGGACUGAGUGUUCACUGUGAGGUGUCAAAUCCACGAGGAAGAUGGGGCUCUAGGUCUGGAGAGGAGAGGAGCAUGGCCCUCCUCCUCUUGCCUUUGUUUAGUCAGGGCCGUCAGACACAGGUGGGCUGAGAGCCCUUGAAUGCAAGCAGGGCCUGGGUGGGCUGCUUCCUAUUUGUGAACCUUCCUGAGGGCUGCGUCGGGCAAGCCAGGGUUUGGGUGGGUGUAGACGCAGCUGUUAGUUGAGAGAGAGUGAGUGAGUGAGAUCUGUAGCCCUUGAGGGUGAAGGGCUCGGGGAGGACCGAGAAUGGCCUCAUUCUCGUGGCACCAUGCACCAUUCCAUCACACGGCCUGGCCAGGUUGCUGUGAUGCACACUCAGACCUGUGACCAAUGGGAGAUGCAGAGGUGAGGAUGGGAAGCUGGGAACGCCACCCCGCGGUCGGAGCUGGCGGCACCUGCUGGAACCCGGCCCGCUUCUGAGGUAGCGUCGGCUCUCACUCAUGCUACUGAUGAUGGAAACCCCUCUGCAGGAACUCACCUGUUCAUCCGGAAAUGUUUUCGCUUGGGGGUGCACGGCCUCUGCGCAGCAUAUUUUACAGUUGUGUGGAAAGUUCAUGAAGCUUUUUAAUAAGACGGUAGAAUGCAAGGAGGCUUGUACCCUCUGCAGUUUAUUUUUCUCUGAAUAAUCCCCUACUGCCUGUUCUCUUUAAUGCAUAAGGAGAUAAAUUUUAUAAAUUAAAAAUGGUAAUAGAGCUACAGCAUAUUCUGGAAUUGGGAAUUUCAUUACAUUUGUCUUACAUUUAAGAUCCUCCUGCCCCUCUCGAUGGUGGUAAGCAUUGUGCAUGCCUGUUGAAGACAGCCCGUCGCUGGACAGCCGAGCACCCGGCCGGUCACUCGGGGAGCGCUGCCGACCUGGGUUAGCACUGGGUUUUAUCACUAGGACAGUGGUAGUUUGUCAAAGGCAAAACAAAACCCUUUAAAAAAAAAAAAGACUUUGCUCUGUGUUUUACAGUUGGUUAUUUUAGCUCGUAUCCUGAGUGGCAUUAAGCCAGAACAGAAUCCUCCACUCCCCAGAACUCAAACCCGCCAUGAAACAGCCGCUCAGAGUCGUCCAUCUCUGCCGGGGACCGGGAACACCGGGCGAGUCCCAGCGUCCGGCGUGACCCCCGCGUCCGCCGGGAUCCUGCUACCCUGAUCUGUCAGCACUCGGGAGAGCGGCCUUUCUCCACCUGUAGCUCUUACUUUCUUGUGAUACUGCUCCACUCUAUAAAGGGUACUUGAGAAAACAGUGAGAGAAUGGAAUGAAAAAAUAAGUUUAUUUUGGUGCCUAGUUUUGUUGAAAUCCAUGCAUAGCUUUUUUUUUUUUUAAUCAUACCUAUUUUCCAUGACUUCCUAAAGAACCGGGGAUGUGGGUUGCCCUGCCGUUUCUGCAGCGAAUCAGGCUUAAUUAUGAGUUCAACAAGUCACUGCUUCUGUCCUUUCGGGUUGGAUUUUACAUACCAAAUUGUUUGGCGUUGGAUAGGGACGUUUUUGUCUGCAAUUCAGAUACGAUUGUAUUGGUUUGGAAAAAGGUUAAAUGUGUUUCUUAUAUGGCCAUGUGUGACUAAACAGCCUAUUUUGCAUGUUUUUAUAACCAGGAGGGGUGGGCUGGGGUAGGGAGAAGUGACACUGCUUAAAGUUCAGGACUUGUCUGGAGCUCCGUGUCUGCUGAAGUGUCACACACUCAGGAUGGAGUGGGUCUGUAACACUGAGGCUGGCCUGUUAGAGAUAAGCUUAAAAAAAAAAAAAAAGUACAGUAAACAGGAGCUUGGUAACCCUUAGAUAUAAAGCAGAACUAACCUGUCAUUUUCUGAAGCCGAUACAAUUCUGUGUUUAUUUAAAGCUGGAAAGUAAUGCACCUGGAUUGUUUUAGGAAUGAUGUAUGUCUUGCCAUUUUAAUUUAUUUAAAGCAUGUCUAUUCUGUUUGUCCUAUGAAAAAUGUUUCAACAAAACAUGCUCUGUGUGUUGUAUGCUUAGGCAAUAGUCAGCGGCUCUGAACCUAGAAACCGGGAAUGUUUCUUGUGAGGUCCGUGGCAGAAUUUCCAUUUUGUAGGGUAGUCCGUAGUCUCACAUCAGCCUAAAAUUGCCAUUUCUCUGUAGAUCGUCACCCUGUGAUGGUAUCAUCAAUGAAUUCAAAGCAGGUGCCAUUAUUUUUUUAAAUAAACACUCGAUGUUAGCUUUGGUGUUAAAUAAAGAAUUAAAUUUCUUAAAUUUU